CUAUUCUUUCCCAAUAAACCAGUUUCGUGCUUUUCCAUUUUUCAUCAAACAUUUUGACACACAUUUUUCGCAUUGGUUUAUUGAGUUGAAGUUUAAGAUGAGGCCUGGUGCGGAGUUGUAUUUCUUUCAAGAACAGCCAAAGAAGGUGAUCAAUGGUCCUCGUCCUUCUCCUUUGAUGAUCAACAAAGAUUCCCACAUGAUACGAAAGUCUUCAAGGUGUGUCGAUGCACAAAUCAAUCUCCAGAGGCCACAGAGGAUUAAACCCAUCAUCAUUUACACUCAAUCACCCAAGGUUAUCCAUACCAAGGCUAAAGAUUUCAUGGCUCUUGUUCAGAGACUCACUGGUAGGUCAAGCACCAGUCACAACGUGUCCACUGCUUCACUGCCUCAAGACACCUCUGAGAAUCUUGGAUCAUAUUUGUCUGAUGGUUCCAACAACAACAGUAAUGAAACAAGUUCAGCGAGGGGUGGUGAGAAUUUGAUAGAGAAUGGUGCAAUCGUUCCAUGUAGUCCUUCUCACCUGGAUUUUGCUGAUAUGCCACUUUUCACUCCAAAUCCAUCGGAUCUCUUUUCCUCAUCUCGGUCAUCGGUGUUUAAAUAUUCUGAUUCCCCAUAUGGGGUUUUGGGAAGUUUGAUAUCCCCUUCGGCUUUGGAAUUCAUGAAAGAACUGUCUGAAUAUUGAUACCAACUCAUUUGGGUGUUCAUAUUUGCUGGAGGGUUCAACUUGGUCUCGUUAAGUAAUAGUUCAGUUUCUAUGCUGAAAUAGGUUGGUCUCUUUAGCCUUAUUUCUUUCUUCUGUAAAUUUUGUUGUAUUAGUGUGACGGAGCCGAACAACUGCGACACUGGCUACCAUCAAAUUAGUGUGAUCUAUAGGCAGAUUUAAUUCAAUUCAUUCUUUCUGAACAUGAGAAGAAUAUGUUCAUCAGUUUCAUUUGUUAGUGUAAUUUCAUCUCCCUUUCGUGUUCUGCUUUCAUGUUCCUCUUUCGCUGCAUAAAAACUGCUGAUCGAUCUGUAAUCUUGUUUCUUCAUAUGCAAGCGUUUAUAAUAUACCUCACUUCCUAAUUCCCAUUUCAUCAGUUGUCUAUAAUUAUUGGAUCUGUUUCAUACAAA